AUACAAAGGAUGAUUUGAUCACCUAGCCGUUGCCGCCGCCGCCACCGCCGUUUGUCUUUUACCGCCCGCCCAUUCGGCGGGAUCGUGUCCACACCCAUCGAAUUCAGGACGGCUACGCCCUCCGCAUCGGCGGCCGCCGCCGCGCCACCGCUACCGACGCAGUCGUCGUCGGCUCAGUGAUAAUAUCGCGCGCCACACGUCAACGUGAACCAAUUAUACAUCGCUACCGCCGCAAUCGUCGUCGCCGCCGCAACCGUUGUCGUCGCGUCGCUGUCGCCGUGGACACGAUUCGUGUAUACGCCUAACCUCUAUACCGAUUAAGUUUUCCGGUAAUUUCAUACUUUUUGAUUUUUUUGCAACGUCACCGGCACCCGGAAAGCCGAUUUUUCCUUGCGCUCGUGAGCUUAAGUCGGUUUUUUUAUUUUUUAUUCGCGGCGUUCUUAAACACACCCGUAAACAAUAUCAAUACGUUUCUAUCCGUGUUUAAUUUUCGAACCAGUUUCCGUCGUCGUACAUGACGUGCGAGACUGUGGCCAAAUGUGCUGCGUGGUGAUUGGCACCGCCGGCAUGCAAGACGACGAUCACCACCAUCACCAUCACAACCGUCAUCAACAACACCAACACCACCGCAGCAGCAGCAGCAGCAGCAGUAGCGGCAGCGGUAGCAUCAGUGGAGGUACUCUGGCCACUUCCUCUCCCACCUCCGCCGCGGCGGCCGCAGCAGCCGCCGUGUUCUUGCCCGUUUACGAUUUUAGCCGCCGAUAUCAGGCUGCCCUGGACUCGGCGGUCAUGCAUCAAGUCGUCAGCCCGCUGGACUUGAGAGGCGUCGGUGGUGGUGUCGGCGCCACAUCCGCCGUGAUGGUGCAGGCCGGUUCGACCGCGGCGUCCGCGUCACCGCCGUGUAGCGUCGGCUCGGUCGAAACGACCGACGUGAACGUGGAUUCGGCCGACGAUGACGACGAUUACGACGCUGCGGUCGCCGCGGCCGGAUGCAACGAUAACAACAACGGUGGCGUCCGCAGCAAGACGACGUCGCCGGGUGCGCAAGAAGGAGCGUGCAGUGAAGACGGUGACAAGACGUCGGCUGCCGGAAACGGAUCGCCCGUCAAGCCGCCUUACAGUUACAUAGCGCUGAUCACGAUGGCCAUAUUGCAGUCACCGCACAAGAAGCUCACUCUGAGCGGCAUCUGCGAGUUUAUCAUGUCCCGGUUCCCGUACUAUCGUGACAAGUUCCCGGCCUGGCAGAACUCCAUCAGGCACAACCUGUCGCUCAACGACUGCUUCAUCAAGAUACCCCGGGAACCGGGCAACCCGGGAAAGGGUAACUACUGGACCCUGGACCCGAUGGCCGAGGACAUGUUCGACAACGGCAGCUUCCUGCGCCGGCGCAAGCGAUACAAGCGCAUGCAGGCCCCCUCGGACUUUUUCAUUCACCGCGGCGACCACCAUCACCAACAUCACCCGCACCACCCCCAUCACCAUCCGCACCACAGCCAUUUCGCCGCGGCCUCGGAUCCGUACUCGGUGUUGCACCACCACCAUCACUAUCCUUACCACCAUCUCGGACCUCCACCGAUGCCGCCACAUCCUUCACAGACCCAGGCGCCGUCUCUGCCGGGCUCACAGCCGCAGCAACCUUCGCCGCAGCCGCCGUCCGCGUCCGCGCCCCCCAUGCAGUCGCUACAGCUACCGGCCGCCGAACUGGCGCGCAUAACGUUCGGUCUGAAUCUGCUGCACAACGGGCAGGUGGCCGCCGCCGCAGCAGCCGCCGCCGCAGCCGCGGCAUACAAGCCGCAACAACUGUCACAGCCUCCGCUGGUGACGCACCAGCACGGCAACCUGAUACAGCCGUCAUACGCGACCACCGUAGUGGCCGGCGGCGGUCGGUUGGCGGUCAAACAGCCGUCCACCGGGUUCAGCAUCGAUUCAAUCAUGGGCAAGAAACCGUCGCCCGCACCGCCGGCAAGCGUGUCGCCGGCCCGACCCGGUGGCCGUCACCCGCUGCAGCAGCGCGAGCCGGACGACGACGACAACGACGACGACGACGAACGCAUCGGCCGCCACGAAAACCGCCGUCACCACGACGCCGCGGCCGUUUCGCCGCAGCCGUCGGCCAGGCAGAAUUUCGACUCGGCGUUCACGCCGCUCCAGCAGACCACGUGGGCCAGGUGAUGAUGCAGCCGCCUCCGCAGUCGUGUGCCACUCGACGCAUGACAUAACGUAUAAUUAUAUAAUAUCGUCGUCUUUUAUCACACUAUUACGCUGUUUCGUCAUGCGGAGGCGUUGGUGCCGAACGAUUACAUGGUACCAACAGCUCGUCGGAGCAUUAGAAAAUCGAAGAUUCGCAAAGCCGACAUGCAAACGAAUUGCUCUGAUGCAUAGCCAGUGUCGAUUUCUCAUCUAGUCCCAAUUUAUCCAACAACCCUUAUACAGACGUAUAUUAUACAAUACUUAUAUAAUAAACAUAUACUUAUUUAUAUCUUACGAAUACG